CGAUAUUCAUAGAGUCAUAUAUGGUAUUCAGAAGCAACAUCAUCUUAAAUCAAUGUGAUUUUCUCUUCUUGUUUUUUAGUGAUGAUUUCCAACAUCCACCCUGGACAGGCUCAAGUUCUUCCAGAGAAACCUAAACUUCUUCUGACUGUUCAGCCUGAACCAUCGCAGAUAUUCAUUGGAGAGAAUGUCACUCUCACAUGUGACAUACAGGGGGAAGGUUGGACAUACAGGUGGCUGUGUGGAGGUAAAGAGCACACCUCUGAGGAGAAAGAGUUCAAUAUCACUCUGUGGUUUAAACAGAAAUGCAAGUGUUCUGGCAAGAGACAAUCAGACCUCUCUACAUGGAGUGAAGAAGUGACUCUGACUGUGUUGUCCAAACCCAAAUUAACUGUAAAGCCCCAGAGUUCAGUGUUCACUGGAGACACAGUUACUUUGAGCUGUAAUACUGGACGGUCAUCUGGAUGGAAAAGUAUCUGGUACAAAAACUUUAGGAGAAUAAAAACUGGUGACAAAACGAAAAUACUGAGUGAUGUGAAAAUCUCUGAUGGAGGAGAAUACAGGUGCAGUGCAUAUAAAGGAAUGUACUAUACAAUUCAAAGUCAAAGGGUUGUGCUAACAGUAAGUGAGAGACCCAAGCCUGUGGUGCGUGUUCAUCCUGAUGGACAUGUGUUCAGAGGACAGACAGUCACUCUCACAUGUGACAUACAGGAGACAAACGUCACCUGGAACUACAGCUGGAAUAAAAAUAAUUCAGUGAUUCAUGUCAGUCAAUCUCAGGAAUACCGAAUCAGUUCUGUUAAUGAAUCACACACAGGUAAUUAUAGCUGUACUGGAAGAGAAACACAAGGAUCACGAUACUCACACACCAGUGAUGAAGUUACACUGACUGUAUCAGGUGAGUCCCCAUCAUCAGUUCUCAAACUGCUCAGUUCUCUACUGGCAGCUUCUCCAUAUCUGCUAGUGACCAUCAUACUGGGAGUCAAAUGCUACAGAGCUCAUGUUCAGACUGAUGAGAUCUAUUAAUAUGCUGUCACAGAGAAGCAAAAGCCUACAGUCAUGAUGAAUGAAACUGCUGCAGUAUACAGUAUUAUAAAUUAUCAGCGUUCAGAGUCGACACUCAGAGA